AUGGAAGACAUCGAGCAAGAAAGAUUAUUAGAUAAAUCUCGAUAAAAAGUAAAAGAGUAAGCCUAUUUCAUGAAACGUUCUUUAGAAUAAACAAAUCUUCGGGAAGGUCUAAAAUACGCUUCAUCAAUGCUCGACGAACUUGGGUCUAAACCCCAAAAAUCACUAAAUCCAAAAAACUAUUAUAUUCUUUUUAUGCAAAUAUUCGAUGAAAUGAGAAAUAUGGAAUAAUUUUUUAAAGAAGAAUACCGAAGAGGUAGAAAAAUGAUGGAUUUAUACGAAUCUGUAUAACAUGCAUCUAAGUUAAUACCAAGACUGUAUUUAUUAAUCACUGUAGGAUCUGUAUAUAUACAAACUCAUGAAGUUGGCGCAAAGGAAAUUCUUUUAGAUUUACUAGAAAUGAUUAAAGGAGUAGAACAUCCAACAAGAGGACUUUUUUUAAGAUACUAUUUCUUAAAAAUGUGUAAAGAUAGAUUGCCGGAUUAAGAUUCAGAAUAUUAUGGUGAAGGAGGUGAUACAAAUGAUUGUAUAAAUAUAAUAAUGAGAAAUUUAGCUGAUAUGAAUAAACUUUGGGUAAGAAUGAGUGCUAAAACUAAAAACAAAUAAAAAAAAGAAAAGUAAAGACUCGAUUUGAAAUAACUUUGUGGCGAAAAUAUACUUCGUUUAAGUAGUUUGGAAGGUGUUAAUUUGCAAGUUUAUAAAAAUUAAGUACUUCCUUAAUUACUUGAUUUGAUAGAAAAUUAAAGCGACGCAAUUUCUUAAUAAUAUCUAUUUGACGUAAUAAUAAGUUCUUUUCCAGAUGAGUAUCAUUUGGAUACUUUAUAAUUAAUGUUGCAGGUUUGUACGAUGAACUUAGACCCAAAAGUAGACAUUAAAAUUAUUUUUAUACGUUUAAUGGACAGAUUAGCAGAAUUCGCCAUUUAUAAUAAGGAUGUUGCAGCUUCCUUUUAAUAAAAAGGAGACUCUAUAUACAACAUGUUUAAAUAAAAUAUUGACAAGAUGAUUGAAAAAACUAGCAGUAAUGAGUUUUAAAACAUUUUAGAUUUGAUGGCAGCCUUUCUUAAAUUUACACUAAAAUGUUAUUUAUAAAACGUAGAGUGUGUGAACUAAAUUUUAAAAAGUUGUGUACUAAUAUGCCAAAAGUAGUAAAUUUAAGACUUUACAGAUGAAUGUUUUAAAAACAUUGUUAAAUUUUUAACUUUGCCCCUAGAAAAUUUAUCUCUUUCAAUUUUAAAUAUGAACGAAUAUCCUAAAUUAAUGAAUUAUUUAUCGUUUGUUAAAAGAAGAUAAGUAGCUUAAAAGAUCAUACAAACAGUAAUUUCUACCAAAAAAGAAAUUUCAAACGAAGAAUUAGCGAAUUAACUUAUAUUAUUUAUAUCUCCUAUGUUAGAAUAAUAAGAUGAUUAUGUAGAAAUAGAAGAUUAUGAAUUUGAACUUGAAUAAUCUUUGCUAGCAAGAAUGGUGCAUCUUAUACAUAAUUAAGAUUGUUAAUAAUAUUGGAAUAUUAUUAAGCUUUUCCUUAUUAAGUUUAAAAAUGGUAAAAUAAAAAGAUAAGUUUAUACUUACCCGAGUAUUAUUUUUGCUAUAUGUAAUUUUACAAGAUAUGUCUAUUCCAUUUAAGCAUAAAAUUAAGUACUUAAUUACUAAAAUAUAUUCAAAAUUAUUAAAGAACUUAUUGAAGAAUUAUAAUCGGAAAUGCCUAAAUUAGCACUUAAGUUAUAUACUUAAUUAUUAUUGAUUAUUAAUGAAUUUGAUGAUUAAAAAGAAUUAGAUGAAUUUACUUAUGAAAUAGUUUGCUAAAGUUUAAUUAUUUAUUAAGAUGAUUUAAGCGAUGUUAAUGAUAAAUUAGAAAUUAUGAAUAUUUUUAUUGGAAUUUUUAAUAGAAUUAAUUGUUUAAGUGAUGAAAACUUUGAUACUUUAAGUAGUAAUUUAUCAUCUUAUUCUGCUAAAUUAUUGAAAAAAUAAGAUUAAAUUAUUACUACUCUUAGUUGUUCUCAUCUUUAUUAUGGAAUACAAAUCAAAGAUCAGAAUUAAGUUAAAAAAUGUCUACAAAAAGCUAUUAAAAUUGGAUAGAUUUUAUUAAAGUAAGGUGGUAAAAAUUGUGGUGUUUAUGUCUAUAUACUAAAUAGAUUUUUAAUUUUUGCUUAAUAAUUUGAAUUUUAAUUUGAAGAAAUAUAAGAAAUAAUUAAUAUUAUUAAAAAUAAUAUUAAUUCUGUUGAUGAUAAUGAAGAUGGUAAAUAAAUAAAAUAAUAUUGGGUAAAUACUAUUUCUUAUAUUUAAGAAAAAUUUAAUUAAAUAUUCCUAUUUUUACAUAAAUUCAAGUUUGAAAAUAAUAAAAAUAUAUAUAAAAUAAUAAAUAUAAAUUUUAUAUUUAAAAAUAUUUAAUUUUUUAGAUUAAAAUUUAAUAAGAAUAAGUUAUUUUUUUAUUUUAAUACAUUUAUCAUAUUAAUAUAGAUUUUUUAUUUUUAGAAUAAAUAUUUAUAAAUUAUUAAAAUUAAAAAGAAAUUCAUAAAUAAUAAUAAUUAAAAUUUUAAAACUAAUAUAAUUAAUUAAUUAAAAAACAAAAACUAAUAAUAAUUACUAAAGAAUUAAAAUUAAAAACAAUUAUAAUAAUUAUAAACAAAUAAUAAUAUAAUCUAAAUAAACGAAAAAUUCAGAGCAGACUUUUCAAUGAGAAAAAAUACCUUAAGUAAAAGUUUAUGA